AUGUGAACCAUGCAGGUGGAUGCUGUUGUUGUGCUCUUCUGUGUGUGGAUCGUGGGCGCUGCCGGGAAGAUGACCCAGUCAAGAGGUCAGAAGCUGGAGAACUACAAACAGAGCAGGUCGCGGAGAGAGACCAGAAUGGAGGAGGGUGGAGGCCCGAAAACUGGAAGCCCGGUUUACAAGCGAAGUCCAGACAUGACAAAGUCCCUGAUGACUAAAUCGGAGCAGCUCCUGAGAAUAGACGACCACGAUUUCACCAUGAGGCCGGCGUUCGGAGGUCCUCCGAUUCCUGUUGGAGUAGAUGUUCAGGUUGAAAGUCUGGACACCAUCUCUGAAGUGGAUAUGGACUUCACUAUGACACUGUAUCUGCGUCACUACUGGAAGGACGAGCGGCUGGCGUUCCAGAGCAACAACAACCAGAGCAUGACCUUUGACAGUCGCCUGGUGAAGAAGAUUUGGGUUCCUGACAUGUUCUUCGUCCACUCCAAGCGUUCUUUCAUCCAUGACACCACCACUGAAAAUGUCAUGCUGAGGGUGUAUCCUGAUGGCAACGUCCUCUACAGUCUCAGAGUCACUGUCACUGCCAUGUGCAACAUGGACCUAAGUCGCUUCCCUCUGGACACCCAGACCUGCUCGCUAGAGAUUGAGAGCUAUGCCUACACAGACGAUGACCUGAUGCUGUACUGGAAGAAAGGAAACGAAUCCCUCAACACUGACGACAGAAUCUCUCUGUCCCAGUUCCUCAUCCAGAAAUUUCACACCACCACCAAGCUGGCUUUCUACAGCAGCACAGGCUGGUACAAUCGUUUGUACAUCCACUUCACCCUGCGGCGACACAUCUUCUUCUUCCUGCUGCAAACCUACUUCCCUGCCACUCUGAUGGUCAUGCUGUCCUGGGUGUCCUUUUGGAUCGAUCGCAGGGCCGUGCCUGCCAGGGUGCCACUAGGUAUCACCACUGUCCUGACCAUGUCCACCAUCAUCACCGGGGUCAACGCCUCCAUGCCGCGGGUCUCCUACAUCAAAGCAGUGGACAUUUACCUCUGGGUCAGUUUUGUCUUUGUCUUCCUGUCGGUGAUAGAGUACGCGGCGGUCAACUACCUCUCCACCGUGCAGGAGAGGAAAGAGAGGAAGCUGAGGGAGAGACUGCCGUGUACUUGUGGCAUAGGCAACCCAGACGACAUGAUGAUCGACCCCCAGAUCACUGGCUAUGGGUCCAUGGAUGUCAACACCACAGGGAAUUAUGGGAUGCCGGAGAAUGGCGGUCGCCAAGAUCGAAUCUUGUCCCAGGUGUCACUGAACGACCAGCAGAUCACGGGCCAAGUGGGGCCGUCCAGAGGCUACGUGAACAUUUGGAUAGACACCCACGUCAUAGACAAGUACUCAAGGGUUGUCUUUCCUGGUGCGUACAUCCUCUUUAACAUCAUCUACUGGUCCAUCUACUCAUAA